CAGCGACGAAUUUUCGCAGUGGCUGAAGUGACGACAUUUUCAAGAAAUUUAUUAAAAUUUUCCAAACUUAACAUUUAUUUCAUUAGUAAUUUAUAAUAAAAAGCCAUCAAAAUGGCUGAUAAUGAGCAGAAAGCAAUGCAAUUAAUGGCGGAGGCGGAGAAAAAAUUAAGUUCAUCAAAAUCAUUUUUGGGAUCUUUAUUUGGUGGAUCAUCAAAAGUGGAGGAGGCCGUGGACUGCUAUCUCCGAGCGGCCAACCUAUUUAAGAUGGCCAAGAAAUGGGCCCAAGCUGGCCAGGCCUUCUGCCAUGUGGCCCAGUUGCACCUGAAGGCCGGCACACAGCAUGAUGCCGCAACAAACUUUGUCGACGCCUCUACUUGUUAUAAGAAGUGUGAUCCUAAUGAGGCGGUUUCAUGUCUUCUAAAGGCAAUAGAAAUUUACACAAACAUGGGAAGGUUCACCGUUGCUGCUAAGCAUCACCAGAACAUAGCGGAGCUGUACGAGACUGAGUUAGCGGACGCGGCGCGCGCGAUGCAGCACUACGAACAGGCGGCGGACUACUUCCGCGGCGAGGAGUCCAUCUCCGCCGCCAACAAGUGCCUGCUGAAGCUGGCGCAGUACGCCGCCACCGCCGAGCACUAUGACAAGGCGAUACAGAUAUACGAGCAGAUAGCCAAGUCGUCCCUCGACAACAGUCUGCUGAAAUACAGCGCUAAGGAGUACAUGUUCCGUGCAGCACUGUGUCACCUCUGCGUGGACAUAUUGAACGCGCAGCACGCGGUCGAGCGCUACUGCGGCAUGUACCCGGCCUUCGCUGACACCAGGGAGUGCAAGCUCGUGAAGGAGUUAAUCGAGCAUCUCGAGGAGCAGAACGUUGACGGGUUCACCGAGGCGGUGAAGACGUACGACAGCAUAUCCCGGCUGGACCAGUGGUAUACCACCAUGCUCGUCCGCAUCAAGAAACAGAUCAACGACAACCCAGAACUCUGCUGAACUCCUCACCACUACCGUCUCGCGAGCGCUAAGGGGGUGAAAACUAAACCCCCCCAAAAGGUAUUUAGUUUCACAUUGAAGGGGUGGGAAAAUUUUAAAUUGGUAUUCGCUGUGUUAUCAAAAAUUACCGUUUUUAAUUUUCACCCCCUUGAGGGGUGAAAAUUCAUCACCCUUCAAAAAAUAUUAUUAAUCAUACUAAACGGUCGACGAAAUGUGUGGAUGUGUGAAUGGAUUGUAUAUGGUUAUGUCGAAGACAGCUGUUUAAUUAUUAUGGUCUCUGUCUUGUGUAGUUAUAAAAUCUCAGUGUUGGAAAGAGGUCUAGCUAGUCUUACUCCGAUACUUUGUUCAUACAAAAUAUUGUAAUAUUGUUUGUCAAGCAAUACUUUCGACUAAAGCUUAGUAUUUGAUUACUUUGCCGUCGAAACUAUGGAGUACAGUUUGACUAAACGCUCUGCAUGCCAGUGGAAAAACACUACUAAACGACAUGGUCGCGCUGUACCUCUAAUAAUACUAAUAAUAAAAAUAUUAGAAAAAAAAUACGUAUUACAUGUAUCUAAAUUUCAUUCAUGCUUAUUUUUACGGCCUAAAAGCCAAGGUUGACCAUUUAUUUAUAAGUUAACAUUUCAAUUUGCAAACAAAAUAUAACAUAAAUAUCUAGGAGUGACCAUGUAUUGGACCUUACUUAAAAACUAAAACGAUAUUUUCUAUUUACUGCUUCAAAAAUAAUAUUGCGAUUCAAUAAAAUAAAAUGGAGUUUAGAUCAAAGGUAGAGACGGUAGCAUUGCAGUUUUCUAUUUUUAAAUCUUGUAGUAAUAUUUAUUGCCUAUUACAUUUCAUUGUAAGUGCUAGGUGAUUUUUACGUUACAGUUUUGUACAAGAAGUCUUCUUAGAUAGUAAAUUUCUUAGUCUCAACUACUUGAUAUUGAAAAAUCUUAAAAAAAGUCACAAUGAGACUGAGUGUAGAUUUUUCUAGAGUGUUUGAAACUGUCUGAGGUUAGUAGACACUAUGUAUAUUACCCGGCUUCGAGACGAUUUAGACACGAAGUAAUUUUUUGUACAAAACCGUAGCACAAUUUAGUAUUUGAAUAACGAUAGUGUAGACGUUAAGAAGGUUAAACUAAGACGAGCACUGCAAAAUAUUCCAUUUAUAUACGAGUACACCUAGUGGUAAUUACAAAAUGUUAUGUGUGGACGUAGCGAGUUUUAGGGGGUGAAAUUUCAAAAUGUGGGUUAAAUUUUUUGUCCACACUUUGAAGUUGAGUGUACAUUGCGUGUGAAUUAAGGAAUAUAUUGGCCCCUUUUUGUAGUGAAAAAGUAGGGGGUGAAUUUUAAAAAUCAGGGGGUGAAUUAAACAAUCUGACGCUACGUCCGCGCCAUUAUCAGUCAACUUGUUAUGUCGCGCCGUAUGUUUAAUGUUAUUUGUAAUGUUUUUAUUAUGUUGCUGUAUGUAAAGUAUUGAUUACUAUUAAAUGAUUAGUAAAUAACUUGGACCAUUAUUUCAGAUAUUUUAUUAUUUAUGUCACUUUUUUUCCUAAUGGAUUGGCAAAAUUGCUUGUAAGUACUAUCCCGUUUUAGAUGGCUUGUUCUGGAAAAUUAUUUAAGGAUCAGACUCAGUUUUAGACUGUUUACAAUUUGUAGGUAUAGUGCCAAGUACUACCUAUUUAAUAGGAAACCUAGCCUUUAUGACACAUUUUAUUACCAAUAUUUAAUUUCCAAUCAUUUUGUAACAAAGUGCAAGUAAAACCAUUAUUUUCUGUGUUCCCAAUUAUAAUUUCGGAGAUUGUUUUUCUAUGUGUUUAUUUUUGAAUAAAAUUUAUUUAUUUCGUU